UAUCCCCCCUGAAGCCAGAGGAGAUGCUAAAAGUGCGGAUAGAUACUGACGAGAGGCAAAGUGCUGGAUAUGAAGUCAACCCUCAGAAACUGGUGUUUUUCGCUGAGGAUGUUGGAUCCAAUAAGGGGGCCAUUAUUGGACUUAUGGUUGGAGGGGUUGUCAUAGCAACCGUCAUCGUCAUCACCUUGGUGAUGCUGAGAAAGAAACAGUAUACUUCUAUUCAUCACGGUGUGAUCGAGGUCGAUGCAGCGGUGACUCCAGAGGAGCGUCACCUGGCCAAGAUGCAGCAGAACGGCUACGAAAACCCCACCUACAAAUUCUUUGAACAGAUGCAGAACUAACAGCUCAUCAACAUUUCCCCCCCUGAAGUAUCCCUAAAACUCACUCGUAGGGUCUGUUCCUUUCUGCCCCUUAGCCCCUACACCUUCAGUUUCUCACCACUACAGGCAAAGGAGAGGUGUGAAGAGUCCUGCAAAGGCUGAUUUGUAUCUUGCUCACAAGUUAAGAAAUGAUGAGAGGGAAGUAUUUGUACCAGUUUAUGUCUCAAUCUGAAGUUUGGGCCGAAAUAAUUACAUGGCACAAUCCCUUCUUUAUCCCUCGAUUGUAAAGCGCCACACAUUAUAUUUACCUGUAAUUGAUAAGACAAGGGUCCCUGUUUUACCUGCACAUUUCUGCAAAUCAGAACAAAGACAUCAGUGUCUGUAGUGAAAAACCCUGUUGACGAUUGACUCGCCACUAAGACCAGAAACAUGUCAAUCCAAGCUGUUUAAAUCCCUGCCUCUCGCUCUGCACGGUUUGUUCCAUUUUGCGAUGGCAGCUGUGUUUGAUGACAUAACGGCUCUUAGAGCUGGCGGCGGGCGGAGGCUCUCGCACGAUUAAAGCCCAACUGUUUCAGGUUUGUUUUUCAAAAAAAUAGGAAAAAAAAGAAAAAAAUACAUAAUCAAAAAAUGUAAACGUUGAAGAAUUUUGAAUGUUUUUUUUGUUUUCUUAUUUUUUUUAAUGUGUAAUAUAUUAAGACAGAGAUUAGCUGUAAGUAUAUGUAGUGCAUGGCAAUAUUGAAGACAGAUGCAGUAUAUUAUAUGUUGAGGUCCUGGAGAGAGGUCCUCUCACUAGAUAUUUUAGCAGGAUUGUACAUUUCGUGUCUUCUUUGUGAUCUUGUGAUAUGAAGAAGAAAAAGAGUAUUCAGAACCGGUCUGCUUUCACAGACUUGCUUUAACUUUGGCUCGUUACACUCAUCUCCAUGCUUCACUGUUGUGUUAGCUGCAUGGGCAGAAUGCUCUAUAUGUAAUAUAUAUGAAGUGUUAUAGUAUCCGAAAGGAAGACAAUUUUGUUACUGUUUGCGUUCUAUGCACUCUGUCAUUUUAGAAGAUCACCAAAUAUUAUUCCUGUUAAUUCCCUAAUGCCAAUUCAAGCUGCUCAUUGGGUUUUUAACAGGUUUGAAUCGAACUUUCUAAAUCUAUCAUUCCAGAUCAAUCAUUCCACUCUUGAGUUUAUAUAUUUGGAGAUCAGCUCUCAAUGGCCCAGUUUCAUUAUCAAGUCUUUCCCCCUUGUUUAGUUGUUCUUCACUCUCUUCUAACCCCUGUCUUUCCUGUUUAUCCACUCUUUCUGGCUGUGUCAACGUUAUUGUGAAGCACAGCUGUUGAAGUUGUUGUUGGGCCAACAGAUAUGAUGCGUUUCUCCUCUUCACACAUUCCUUCACCAAAUCUCUCUCAUUCUAUUUUUCUACAUUUCCUGCGUAAACAUGUACAGUGCUUCUGUUCGUCCUGUGGUGAACGUUUCUUUGCCUGCAUAUCUGUUGUUAUCGAUCAUCAUGAAGAGAUGAAUUAUCACCAUCAGUACUGGGAGUGGACCACAUCGGCAUAGAGACACACUUCCCUCUCCCUUGAUUAAAUUAUUAAUGCCACCUCCAGUAAACAUGAAUGUGACAUGAAUAUUGUGCUUUUUAUACCAUAGAAAUACAACACAUAUCGCCUCUCUACACAUUAUACUCACAUGUGAUCAGACACUUAGUGAAGCCCUUAAUCAGGUGAAUGUUUUAAAAUUUGAAUUGAUGCUCACUCUGGGUGUCUCUGGAGAAAUGUGUUUUUAAAAAAAAUGAUGCUUUCCCCCCGUUAUUGUGUAGUUAAAUGGACCAUUUGCGUAGAGUAAGGAAAAUGCUUUCUACACUCACUAUACCAUGAAUAAAAUUUUGAAUGUA